UACAUUCACUUUCAAUCAACAUAAGGAGAUUAACUUGGUAGCUCUUAAGGUCCUCUCUGUAAUUGGCCUUCAUUUGAUCCGUACUGAAUGCGACACAAUGUAUAUUAUAUCAGUAAUAUGUUGGAUGAUCCACAAUAUUCCAAAGGUAAUUUAAAAAUCAUUCACAAGAAAACGCACGGCGAGCCGGCCGCGUUGCGUAAGAACAUACAAUUCUACGUAUUUUUUUUUUUAACUCUAGAAAGGCUAUUUUAUAGGCUUAAAAAAACUGUUGAAGAUCUCGAGUCGUUGCCCAAAAGUGAGACAGUUUUUAGGUUUUAAAAUACUUUAAAAUGUGGUGUUUAAAGCUAGUGAUGGUAAGCCUGUUUUUGGUAGAGAGUGGGGGUGACUGCCCCAAUGUGAAAACGCAACUUAGUGCCAUAAGGAAGAGGAGACAUAUUACGUUUCCCGAUGGAGCGGAUUUUGUUAUGACGAUCUCCCUGGUGAAGGCGUUCAUGACGCACGCGCCAUCCGGAUGGAACCUCGCGCUGGAGAUUGACGUCCUCUUCCCGCUGCCGGACGCUAACUUCACUAACGCCAUCUACCGGAGGAAGCUGCACCACAGGCAAAAGAGGGAGUUCUGGGAGAGAUUGGAAAACGCUCUGGACUAUCACAAUAUGAACGGGCAAGCUUGCAUAUUAAGAAGCAUCUGUGAAGCCAGAACUCGCUUAGCUGAUCCAGGAAAAUCACUUGUCCAUGACCUGUUAAGAGUAAUUUUUACGGCGCCGCUUCACGAGAGGGGGUUCGUGGAGGAAGUGGGGGGGAGGUACGAGGAUCUGCUCGACCCCCACCUCUGUGACAAGGUCAACGACUGUCCGAUUUCUUUGCUGCAAGUUGUUUUGGCGCUGAAUAAGCAGAGGUAUUAGAAAUGUGCGUUUGUGCAAUAUUGUGUGUGUUAUUAUUUUGUGUGUUAUUUCGUUGUUCAUUUUAGCUAAUCUUAAGCAUUCGAAGAUAAAUAAAUUCCAUUGACCGUUUAGGUAGCUACAAAACAUGAUAAUGACCAUGUUGUAAAUCGUCACAACUCUCUAAAAGGUUCAACGGAUAGUAAAAUAAGUAAACAAAGCUUCAUACGGAACAAAAAAGUAUGGUUUUGUUUUCUUUCCUUGAGUAAAUAAAUAUAUUUACACGUUUACAAUGUCCUGUUGUUUAAUAAAACGUUUUGAAUUUCA